GCCCAGGCGUCGCGGUGGCUGCCGGGAUGCGCCGCAGCGAAUGGUCGCGCCGGGCGCCGCUCUGAGCGACCUUUCACCCGAGCCCAGCGGUUCCCGGCGGCGGCACAAGGCGGAAGCCAUGGCGGAGGCGGCGGCUACGCCUGCAGCAGGCAGGACGGGCGUGGGCACGGGCUCUGGCUCUGCAACAGACCGGGACGGGGACCCGGAGCGGGAUCGCGCCGGGCGGAGGCUGCGGGUUCUCUCGGGCCAUCUUCUGGGCCGGCCCCAGGAGGCUCUGAGUACCAAUGGGUGCAAAGCACGGAAAGCCGCGGCGGCGCCCACUGCCACUCCCGCCGCCCAGGAGUCAGGCACCAUCCCCAAAAAGCGGCAAGAAGUUAUGAAAUGGAAUGGAUGGGGCUAUAAUGAUUCCAAGUUCUUCUUCAAUAAGAAAGGCCAAGUUGAGUUGACUGGGAAAAGGUACCCUCUUAGUGGCAUGAUUUUGCCAACUUUUAAAGACUGGAUUCAAAAUACCCUUGGAGCAAGUAUGGAGCAUAAAACUACCUCUAAAGCAUCCUUAAAUCCUAGUGAUACACCUCCUUCUAUUGUAAAUGAAGAUUUUCUUUGUGACCUUAAAGAAACUAGUAUUUCAUAUUCACAAGAAGCAGAUGAUCGAGUAUUUAGAGCUCAUGGUCAUUGUCUUCAUGAGAUAUUUUUGCUCAGGGAAGGAAUAUUUCAGCGAAUUCCUGAUAUAGUUUUAUGGCCAACAUGUCAUGAUGAUGUAGUUAAGAUUGUGAAUCUAGCGUGCAAAUAUAACCUUUGUAUCAUACCAAUUGGUGGAGGAACAAGUGUCUCAUAUGGCCUAAUGUGUCCUGCAGAUGAGAAAAGAACAAUUAUUUCUUUGGACACUUCACAAAUGAAUAGAAUCCUCUGGGUUGAUGAGAAUAAUUUGACAGCUCAUGUAGAGGCUGGCAUAACAGGACAAGAGUUGGAAAGACAGCUUAAAGAAAGUGGUUACUGUACAGGUCAUGAGCCAGAUUCCCUGGAAUUCAGCACUGUGGGAGGAUGGGUAUCUACUCGGGCAUCAGGCAUGAAGAAGAAUAUCUAUGGCAAUAUUGAGGACCUGGUGGUUCAUAUAAAAAUGGUGACACCUAGAGGUAUAAUAGAAAAAAGCUGUCAAGGACCUCGUAUGUCAACAGGCCCUGAUAUCCAUCACUUCAUCAUGGGAUCUGAAGGAACUCUUGGUGUGAUAACAGAAGCUACAAUAAAAAUCAGACCAGUCCCUGAAUACCAAAAGUAUGGCUCAGUAGCUUUCCCUAAUUUUGAACAAGGAGUAGCCUGUUUAAGAGAAAUUGCAAAACAGAGAUGUGCUCCUGCAUCUAUUCGCCUCAUGGACAACCAGCAGUUUCAUUUUGGUCAUGCUCUUAAACCUCAGGUUUCCUCUAUUUUUACAUCAUUUUUGGAUGGACUAAAAAAGUUUUAUAUUACAAAGUUCAAAGGAUUUGAUCCAAAUCAGCUAAGUGUUGCUACCUUACUGUUUGAGGGGGACCGUGAGAAGGUUCUUCAACAUGAAAAACAAGUAUAUGACAUUGCUGCAAAAUUUGGUGGAUUGGCGGCUGGAGAAGAUAACGGACAGAGAGGUUAUAUGCUGACCUAUGUCAUUGCAUACAUCCGAGACUUGGGUUUGGAAUACUAUAUAUUGGGAGAAUCAUUUGAAACUUCUGCUCCUUGGGACAGAAAACUUUCUACAUUCUACAAACUGUCUUCAUCUGCUCUGAGUUAAUGACUUUUGGUGCAUCAAUGCUCAUAUUCCAUGCAUUAUAAAAUAAUAACCUAAUUUAUACUAUCAAUCUAUUAUUUGUAAUUUUUUUAUGUUAAUUUUAACAAGGGAAUAAAUCUUGUCACUAAACUUACUGACCUCUAACACUUUUGAACAGCAGAUAGAGUUUGGCAGCUAUUCAGUUAUCUCAGAGGCCAUUUUAGUCUUUAAUACCUUUCCUUGCUGGGGAAAGUGGUUUAGUGUAAUGUUACUUCUUCAGUGUUAUGAAUUUCCUUGUCAUAAGUUACUACUAACUCAUAAUUGCCAUUUUGCCUUUUUAUUCUUCCAAAUAUGGAGGCAAUCAUGCACAAUCUUUUUAUUUUUCUUUAUCUUUUCCUUGCAUAUUCUUACAUACUUGUUUAAUUGACUCAUGGACAAUAUCUGUUUUAUGCAGGGUUAUGUAUUUGGUUUGUUUUCAUUUGAAACAACUUCUUCAGCUCAACUUUUAGUAAAUAAAAUUUAAGUGAAAGCCGUAAAAAUUUUAAUAUUCCUGACGUAAAAUUUACUUGUCAUCCAUUUAGCAACUUGCUGUUGUUUUCAGACCUUUAGCUGGGUAGAAACCAUGUUGAACAGCAACCCAUGGGAUCAGGGUCUUCAGCCCUCACACAUUAUUAGGAUGUUUGCCUCUUUAUGUAUAAGCAUCGUAAGGGAUUAUUAGUCUUAACAUUUUGUGUAUUCCUCAGCAGCCCUAGCACAAUGAUUGCACCUGUAAAGUGCUCCAUGAAUAUUCUGUAGGGAGUCCUGUGAACAAGCUCUGGGACAUUGCAAGAAUGCUGCCUAUAAAAAUAGCUAGCUAAGUGUUCUGAGAUGGAGAUUUAAAGAUUUUGGGGACACCAGUGUGAGACUUGUGAUUAAAACCAAGGGAGCAGAUACACUUACAGAUAAUGUAGAUCUUACAGAUAAUGUAGAUAAAAAAAAAAAAAAGGGGCCAAAGAAAGAAGUCUAGAGAACCCCAUCAUUUAAGGGAUAGUUAUAUAAACAAAAGCUAACUUAGGAGAUUGAGGAAUAAUAUUUAAAGGAUUUGGAGGAAAACCAGUGAUGUAAGAGAAGCCCAGGUAAAUUUCUUUCUAGGAGGAAAUGGUCAAUAGUGUUAAAUUUGCUAUUAAGUCAGAGAGGAAUUUAAAAGUAUACACAGUUAACAUUUAUCUCCUAUAUAAUGACUGGUCCAAAUGGGCUGUAUUGACAUUUGUGCAAGUUCUAUAAAUGCUUUCAGAACUCCGUCCCUACAAAUAAUUUCUAGAAAGUAUCCCAUUAAGGGUAAUAACCAUUCUUUGCCCUGUUCUUUGUCCCAUCUCCUUCUCCUCUGUAUUAUUACUACAUUAUUAUGUAACACUUAAAUUCUGUUUUCUAGAGUCAUGAUAAAGAACUUGUUACUUUGAUGAAUUUGUAAUACUCAUUAACUCCUGUACCUAUUAAAGCUUAGUAUGUUUUAUUUCUGUUUGAAGUGUUUGUUUUGUAAGUUGAAUUUUCAAAGUAAAGACAAUAAAUUUAAGUAGUCUAAAUGCUUUGUAAGAGUUAUUUUAAAAUGUGCAUCCUUAGUGUUCCAUAAGUGAGACAUAGAUAGCAUUGAUAAAUCAUAUUUACUUGCAGCUGUCAUAGAAUAAAGGAGAAUUUAAGAGCACUUUUUUUGUAAAGUUAGAAUUUAUAAAAUUUCCAGAUACUACAUUUGUAACAAUACAACUUGACAUUCAAAUGAAACACUAAAGCCCUUUCAUUGUUUAUAUUUUAAUCAUAUAUUCUUUGUUCUUACUGGAAACACAGAUAACUUGUGUGUGUUUUAUAAAGCAUAAUCUAUUUAAAUGUUACUGCUUUUAUCAAGUUGGUUCUCAUAUAGAUCAGUCUUGUAUCUUGAUAUAAGCUAGCCUUUUGAGUUUCUUUGGUAUCUUUUCUAUUCUCAUGAUUCUAAACAGACCAAGGUUUAAAACAGUCAGUGUUAUUACACAGCCAGGAUAUUUAUAUUAGAAUAAAUAAAGUGGCUUACAUAUAUCUUAAGAGUUUUAUUUUCUAGAUGAAACAAAAUAUGUAGGUACGACAAUAUGUUUAAAGCUCAUAUUAAAAAAUAAUCUUUUAUUGCCAAAUCUUUUGUCCCUGGAUCUCCUGCCUAGAAGCUCUGAUUGACAUGUUUCCCCAGAACAUUUUCCUGAUCAUGUUCCCACACUGAACAUAACACCACUACACCUCUUCUACCCUAAAAUAAGCCUUGAAAAUUAGAUAAAAAAAACUAAAAAGUUAAAGAAAUCAGAUGCCUUCAUAAUUUAUAACAAUAGUAUUUUGAAGUCAAAAUGAAAUUUGGUGAAAUAUGAAUAGAGUGUAUUUUAAUAGUAAUGUCUGAUGUUAAUUUCUUAAGUUUUGACAAAUGUAUCAUGGUUAUAUAGUAUCUUUAAUUAGGGGAAAGUGGAGAAAGAGGAGCUUUUUGUACUGUAACUUUUCUGUAUCCAAAGUUAUCGCAAGUUUCUUUAAAAAAAUAGAUUAAUAUUGCUAAAUAUUACCAAUCUUCCCUCUCCUUAAAGAACUGCCCCUCACCCAUCUAUUUUCAUUGACUUUUAAUAUCAAACAGUUUAGUAUAGCUUUACACAUAGUUCAUGUCCAAUAAGACUUUGUUGAGUUGGAAUUUAGCGUAGUGCUUGAGAAUAGAUCAUUGUUUAACAUUUGGUAUAACAUCAUUGUUAAUAAUUAAAUUAUUUUUAUAUUAAGGAAAAUUUCCUAGAAAUGGAUAUAGAUUGGUAUUCCUGUAACCCACAAUUGCCUUUUCAUUAAUAUGCUCUUUAUGGCCUUUUUAAAAGCUUUAAAAAUCUUGUAAAUAAAUUUAGUUUUUAAUUGGGUUUUCCUAAGUGCAGGAAGCUGUCUUCAGGACACUUGAGUAUGCUCUUCUGACUUCCAUCUUCCUUGUGGCAAAAAAGGAAAGACCUUUGCUCGCUUGGAGUUAUGAAUGGAAAGUUCACUUUGAAUGAUCAAGGCUCUUGUUCAUUCUUGAAGGAAGAAGUAUGAAAGUUUUAGUUCAGAGAAUUUUUGACUUGAACGAUGCCAGAGAAACCAACAUUUGUUAAAAUCAUUUUAACUUCUUUGAAAAC